AUGGAACCUCACGCACUUACUUGUCUUUCUCUUUCUCUUCUCUUGAUCAGUACUCUCAUUCUUCUUUCCAAGCUCAGAAAACUGAGAAACCAAAGGAAACUCCCACCAACCCCACCUUCUCUUCCCAUAAUCGGUCACCUCCAUCUCCUCAAACAACCUUUCUACCGAGUACUACACGAUCUCUCCAACAAAUACGGUCCAAUUCUAUCCCUCACAAUCGGCUCCCGUCCCGUGGUAGUCGUCUCCUCCCCCACUGCCGUCCGUGAAUGCUUCACCAAAAACGACAUCGUAUUUGCCAACCGCCCUCGCUUACUCUCAGGAAAAUACAUCAAUUACAACUACACCGCCAUGGGAUUUGCACCGUACGGGCAGCACUGGCGCAACAUGCGCCGCAUCGCCACAACAGAGCUACUCUCCAAUCACCGGCUCAACACGUAUCUCAACAUUCGAGUGGAAGAACUGAAGUUAUGGGUAAAGAAUAGUUUGUACAAAUGGAGUAGUGGGCGGGGGGAUUUUGUUGUGGUGGAUAUGAAGUACAAAUUGAAGGAACUUUCAUUCAAUACGGUGAUGAGGAUGAUCAGUGGGAAAAGGUAUUACGGUGUGGAAGUGGAGGAUGUGGAAGAAGCAUUGGAAUUUAGAGAGAUAAUGAAAGAGCUACUUGAACUGAGUGGGGCUACUAAUGCGGCAGAUUUUUUUACAAUUUUGAGAGUGUUCGAUAUUGAAGGAGUUAAGAAGAAGAUGAUGAAAGCGAGUGGGAGAGCAGAUGUUUUUCUACAGAAACUUAUUGAUGAAGAGAGAGAAAAGGGAGUUUCACGUUGGCCGGAGGAAAAACAGAAAGAGGGGAAAACGUCUAUGAUUCGAACUUUGCUUUCCUUGCAGGAAUCUCAACCUCAGUAUUACUCCGAUGAUAUAAUCAAGGGUCAUGUUCUGACGAUGUUGGCUGCAGGUACAGAUACAACUUCAGGAACAAUAGAAUGGGCAAUGUCACUACUUUUGAAUCAUCCAAUGGUGAUGGAGAAAGCUUGGAUCGAGAUAAGAGACUGUAUCGGAGAAAAUCAAAUGGUGGAGGAAGGUGAUGUGAGUAAACUAAAAUAUUUAGAAGCUAUAAUAUACGAGACUCUUAGAAUGUUUCCAGCAGCUCCAUUGUUGGUUCCACACGAAUGCAGUGAGGAUUGUAGUAUUGAAGGAUUUGAGAUACCCAAAGGAACGAUGUUGAUGGUGAAUGCAUGGGCCAUUCAUAGGGAUCCGAAAGUGUGGGAGGAUCCCACCAGCUUUCGACCGGAAAGGUUUCUAAAUUGGGAAGGUGUCGAAUCGUACAAGUGGAUACCUUUUGGAAUGGGGAGGAGGGCUUGUCCAGGGUUUGCUCUGGCCCAACGAUCAAUGGGAUUGACAUUAGCAACUCUGAUUCAGUGCUUUGAGUGGGAGAAAGUUGAUGAAAAUGAACAAAUAGACUUGUCUGAAGGGAGUGGAAUCACUAUGCCAAAAGCGAAAGCUUUGGAGGCAAUGUGUAAACCUCGUAACUCAAUGCUUCACUUGCUUGCUCAGCUUUGAUUUGGUUACUUUUACUAAUGAACUAUAAUAUUAUAAAGGACCUUUCGAAAUCUAGAAGUAUACUAUAUAGGAA